AUGUCUUCAAGCCCGAAGGUUGUCUCGGAACACAAAUAUUUUGAGCUAGUCGACUUUGAAAAAGUCUGCCCUCAGCAGAAUUUUAUGCUCCCUCCCGAAAUCUUAACUCUUGAAGUAUUAGCUAAAAAAUCGACUAAGGCUAAAGCUGUCAGGACUUCUUCACGUGUGCCAAAGCCUAAAAGAACCGAAGAAGUUGAUAAUGAAGACUUUAAUAAAAGACGCAAAAGUUUAAAUUAUGAUCAGGUUGACAACUUCAGAGAUCCCACAAGAACCAGAAAAGCCAAUUAUGGUAGUAACAGUAAUGCCUACGUGAUUAGUAAAGUUGAAGGUUCCCUAGCUUCGGCUGUGGCACAACAUAGGUCGGUUAAAAGGACUUACACAGAUAAUGCAGACAGUGCCGCAACUCUCGCCUGGAAGGCACCUAAUUUUCCUCGCAAGAAGAAAAAAACUGUACAUUUAAAUGAGCAACAAAUUCGUGUUCUUCCAGAACAACCAAAUCUUUUUGCGAAUUAUAAUGGUCGUGCGUUUAUUGAAAAUCCCUUUAUGAGGCAGUCGACUCCGUCAGUGCUUAUUCAAGGUGCAUAUAAAUUAAAUGCAGAACACAUCAAAAGAUCAUUUAUUCAAACCUGCUUUAGAAGUAAAGCAGAGUUUCAGGCCCGAGAAAUAUCUGAAAAUGCUGAUAAAGAUGAUAUGGAGAUUGACGAAAAAUUACAAACCUCUCAAGAAUAA